UAUGACCCCGCCCCCAAGGCUCGGCGGCUCGCGCGGGGACGGAGAGAGUGUGCGCCUCGUGAAAAGACACCAACGGUCUGUUCUUACAGAGGAAAAAACGAGAAAAUUUCAGCUCAUACAUGGCGAAAUUUGUUUUACUCGACGUCCAGACACAUAUCCAUACCGGACCGCGGCUCUGACAACGACAGGCGACGCGAAUAUCUGCAACUCUUAAAGGUUGGAGUUUACCAAGGGUUUUCGUAGCAGUUUCGUGCUUGGAGGCGCGCGAGUGCCGGUGUAGUCGUCUCCGUGGGUGCUGUUUCGUGCUUUCCGGUGGCAGCUGACACUUGUCCCUAUUUCAGAAGACCAGAAGGCCUGUUCUGUCUCCCUUCUGUCCGGUUCACCCGGUGUCCCUGUCAGCGCCGGGCCGCCUGCACAUUCACCCCGGCGCGGCCUCGCUCCUUCUCGAGCCCCCGGCGACGACACAGCUACCUCCCGGGUAGAGCCCGUUACCCACACUCCUCUAAAACACCUGCCGUGUUUACAACGACCAACAAAACAGGGAAUCCUAGGAGAAAAAAAAAAUAAAAAACUGAGAAGAGAGACGGGACCCGUGCGCUGGUGAUAUAGACAGACGGAGCUGUCAUACAGUUUAUCAACAGUUCUCUGAAUUUACGUACGUUAUAUUAAGUUUAUUCAUUCACGCGACUGGCUUAUUCUCUCGUGCAUACCCGUUAUUAAGGUAUUAGACAACAAAACGUCGCAUAUACUAAACACUCUGUGCAAAGGCAAGGCCUCGUCUGCUAACUCAGAUAACUUAGCUGCAUCGCUAACUCUCAGCCUGGGUUUAAUCAGCAUCUAAUCUUGUUAACUGUACCUUUUGACUGCUAUUCAUCGCGUACUUUGUACCACACGACACAAUUGGGGAGCGAUUUCAAUUUAAAGUCACUGAUUCAACGCACAGUACAGCAUCCUUGCCAAGAGAUCUGUUGAGCAGCAAGAGGAAACAGAGCUGUCAGCCUUUAUAAUCUACUACUCGGCCUGAUUAAUUCCCACCUUGGGGAAAAAAAACCCGAAGAGUCUUAUGUGUUGGGCUGGUUUCAGCUGACCUUUGCUACCAAAAUUAACUAAGUCCCUCGUGAGCUUUCUUGUGCUGCAACCCCGCUGCAUGCACUGAUACGGGAAAGACUUGAUUUGUAUUUUUGUACCAUAGUUCAGGAGCCAUUUAGAACAGGUAUCUGCACAAACCCCCUACUACUGUUUAGAGAUGAGUAUUGAGAUUCCAGUCGGUCUGACGGAGCUGCUUCAAGGCUACACCGUGGAGGUGUUGCGCCAGAGGCCGCCGGACCUGGUGGAGUUUGCCGUGCAGUAUUUCACCCGCCUGCGGGACACCAGAAGCCAGGACGGGUCCGGGACCGCCGCCAAAACCGGGGGGAAAGGAGUGAUGUUUGAUGGCGAACCGAUGCAGACGGAGUCUAACGGCGACGAGGAUGACGAGGACGAUGACUCAGAUUUUGAGCCUCCUCCCCCAGCAGAUUUAACCGGAGAGUGUCGGUGUGUGCGGAGGCCUUUAACCCUGAUGAUGAUGAGGAAGAUUCUGAGCCGAGAGUUGUCCAUCCAAAAACAGACGAGCAGCGCUGUAGAUUACAGGAGGCCUGCAGGGACAUUCUGCUGUUCAAGGCUCUUGAUCAGGAGCAGUUUUCAGAGGUGCUGGACGCCAUGUUUGAGGUUCUUGUGCAGCCACAAGAGCACGUUAUUGAUCAGGGAGAAGAUGGAGAUAACUUUUAUGUAAUCGAGAGGGGUGUGUAUGAUAUCGUGGUACAGAAGGAUGGUGUGGGCUGCUGCGUGGGUCAGUAUGAUAAUAAGGGCAGUUUCGGAGAACUGGCCCUCAUGUACAACACUCCACGGGCUGCAACCAUCAUUGCCAAGGAAGAUGGAGCCCUCUGGGGACUGGAUCGGGCAACGUUCCGUAGACUAGUAGUGAAGAACAAUGCGAAGAAGAGAAAGGAUGUAUGAAACCUUCAUUGAGUCCUGUCCCACUGCUCAAAUCACUAGAG